AUGAAAAUUUUCAUCCUAAAGUCAGCCUUGGUGGCCGCGACCCUUCUCUCUACUGUCACCGCAUCUCCCAAAGGUCCUGUCGACACUUAUAAGAAAUGCCAACGCCAAACCAAACGCGCAACAGAAGGCUGUCCCAAAGGAACCCUCUUCGUCGCCAAAGAUGAUUCCCGCGCAGACUUCUCCUCCAUCCAAUCCGCCAUCGACUCUUUAGGAAACACCACAACUCCAGGCCACAUCCUUAUAGCACCCGGUGACUACACAGAGCAAUUAAACGUCACCCGCAGAGGUCCUCUUCAUCUUAUCGGAGCUUCAAACAAGCCAUGGGUCAAGGACCUCUAUGCUGAUAUUGACGUCAACACCACUGCGCAGAAUGAUGUGCAGAUUUGGUGGAAUUUGGCAAAUACUAAUAAUGGGAGUAUGAGCGAUAAUGUGUACACGAGUGUUUUGACCGUGGGACCGAAUCUGGAUGCUACACUUACUGGAGCUGGACCUACGGGUUGGCCUGUGCCGGCUGGUACACCUUUUGGUUGUACUGAUUUCAGGGCGUAUAAUAUUGAUUUCAGGAAUGAUUUUGCGCCCAGAUCGGUUGGACCUGCCCAUGCUGUUGGCGUUAGCAGAGCCAAUGCUGGGUUCUAUUCUUGUGGGUUCUACAGUUAUCAAGAUACUGUUUAUGUUGGAAAACUUGGAAAUGCCUUCUUCUACGAUAAUAUCAUCGCUGGAGAAACAGACUUCCUAUAUGGUUUCGGUACAGCGUGGAUUGAUCGCUCAACUCUAUCUCUGAGAAACUGCAACGGUGGAAUUACAGCCUGGAAAGGCUCAAACACCACUUUCACCAACAAAUACGGUGUCUAUAUCGACAACUCUCAAGUCAUUCCCUCGAAUGCCACGAUCGCUAAGAAUUUAGUCGGCAAAUGUCCCCUUGGACGACCAUGGAACUCACAGCACAAGAGCAUCUUUAUGCAAUCGUAUUUCGACCCUGUUAUCCUACCGGCUGGAUACAUCAUAUGGCAACCUUCUACCCCAAGGGUGGAUAACUAUACUUUCAUGGCGACAUGGAAUGACUAUGGUCCUGGAUAUAAUGUCAAGGCUUUGGAAGAUGGUGGAAUUACUAAGGUUUUGAGCGAUAAGGAGGUCAAGCCUUACAAGUCACCUAAGGAUGUUUUUCAAACUCCUGAGGGCAAGUUUGGACAUAUUGGAUGGAUCGACAAGAAGGCUUUGUAA